AUGGAUAAGGUAGAGCUCGAACACGAGAAGCACUACGAUGAGAAGCAUGAUGCCGAGAACGCUCUCGAGCUGAACGAGGAGGAUGACUCCCCCAUUGAGGAGGUUCGAGUCACCAUCUCCAACACCGAUGAUCCUCAGAUGCCAUGCAACACUUUCCGCAUGUGGUUCCUUGGUCUUCUCUGGACCUGCAUCAUCUCCUUUGUCAACCAGUUCUUCUACCUUCGUCAGACCCAGAUCUCGAUCGGUUACUCUGUCGUCGCCCUUCUUUCUUUGCCCAUGGGCCAUUUCAUGGCCCGUGUCCUCCCCACCCGCCAAUACAGCCUCUUUGGCUGGAGCUUCUCGCUCAAUCCCGGCCCCUUCUCCGUCAAGGAGCACGUCUUGAUCGGAACCAUGACUGCCUGUAACACCGGUACCGCCUACGCCGUCGAUAUUGUCAUCUUGCAGAAGGUCUUCUACCAUUCGGACACCCCCUUCUUUGGUGGUCUCCUUCUCGUCUUCACCACCCAAAUUACAGGUUUCGCCCUUGCUGGUGCCCUUCGUAAGUUCCUCAUUCGCCCUGCUCACAUGAUCUGGCCCUCGACCUUGGUCACUGCUUCGCUCUUCCGCUCUCUCCACGCCAGCUCCACGACGGAGUCUGAGGAAGAUCAGGGCCGCACCUCGAGACUGAAGUACUUCUUGCUCGUUACCUUGGGUUCCUUCGUCUACUACUGGUUCCCCGGUUACAUCUUCCCCACCAUCGGAACACUUGCCUGGAUCUGCUGGAUCAACCCCGACAGCAUUGUCCUCUCCCAGCUCACCGGCUCUAAUGGUCUUGGCAUCGGUGUUAUCGCUCUUGACUGGUCUGCCGCUUCGUACUAUGUUGGACCCCUCGUCACCCCUUGGUUCGCACAGGUCAAUAUCUUGAUCGGUUUCAUCCUCGUCGCCUGGAUCAUGGUCCCUUGGGCCUACUACGAUAACCUUUGGAAGUCCAAGAACUACCCCAUCUUGUCCGCUGAUCUCUUCCGUGAAAACGGAUCCUACUGGGACAAGGACCAGGUCUUGGGGCCUGACGGUCAUUUGGACCCUGCUAAGUAUCUCGAGUAUGGCCCCAUGCGCAUGGAUUCAUUCUUCGCCCUCACUUACGGUGUUGGUUUCGCAGGUCUGACUGCCACCAUUGUCCACGUCGUCCUGUACAACGGCAAGGAGUUGGUUCAGCGCUGGAAGUCCGCCCGUCUCGAGAACGAGGACAUCCACUCCCGCUUGAUGCGUGUCUACCCCGAGGUCCCCGACUGGUGGUACCUCUCCCUGUUCGUCAUCUCCUUGGCUCUUUCCUUUGUCGCUUGUAUCGUCUACGACUACAUGCCAUGGUGGGCUGUCUUCCUUGCCAUGGCCAUUGCCAUAUUCUUCGUCUUGCCUGUCGGUAUCGUCCAGGCCGUCACCAACCAGCAGCCUGGUUUGAACAUCAUCACCGAAUACGUCAUUGGUUACAUUCUCCCUGGUAACCCCAUUGCCAACGUUACUUUCAAGACCUACGGUUACAUUGUGAACGUCCAGGCCUUGACAUUCACAUCCGAUUUGAAGCUCGGUCACUACAUGAAGAUCCCCCCAAGAAUCAUGUUCAUGGCCCAGCUCGUCUCAACCCUCAUUGCCUGCACCAUCAACUUGGUCACUGCCACGUGGUUGGUCAACACCCGCCCCAAUGUCUGCACCCCACAAGGCGCACCCUUCACCUGCCGUUCCACAAGGACAUUCUAUUCGGCCUCGAUCAUUUGGGGUGCCGUCGCUCCCGCUCGUGUCUUUGGUGGCAAGGAUGAUGCCUGGUACUCUACCGUCCAGUGGGGUUUCAUUGCCGGUGCUAUCUUGCCCAUUCCCUUCUGGCUCCUCUCCAGAAAGUUCCCCAACGUUGGCUGGUUGAAGCUCGUCCACUGGCCCGUAUUGUUGGCUGCCACCUCCAACAUGCCCCCAGCCCUUCCCUACUUCUACACCAACGGUCUUGCCCUCGGCUUCAUCUUCGCCUUCUGGCUCAGACGUUACCGUUACGACUGGUGGUCUCGCUACAAUUACCUCACUUCCGCCGCCCUCGAUACGGGUGUGGCCAUUGCUGGACUUGUUAUCUUUUUUGCCCUCCAAGCCUGGGAUGUUGAGUUCCCUACCUGGUGGGGUAACCCAGAAGAUGGUAUCAUUGACCACUGCCCUAAAGGCUCUUAUGCCUACAACAACGAGUUCAACCCCGACUCGGAGUAA